GACCACCACACAGCAUCCAACGAAGAAGUGCUCCAUCCAGGUCCAGGGUGGUGGUUCGAUCUUUAGACGUAAACAACGAAGAGAAACCCGCUGCAGCAGAAUCACUGCGGGACGAACAUCCGCUCAGAACCAGGCUCCUGCAGAGGAACCUCCGAGCUUGAGAUGAUCGGCGCUGGAGCUUUGCACCGAUGGUUCAUGGAGAAGAUCUAGAAAACGAAAUCCCCCCCCCCUCCCACCUGGAUGUCAGAUGGUUGUGAGUCAUGGAUCCAGCUGCUGUGGACGGUCCCGUCAUCCUCGUCAUCAAGGCUCCGAACCAGAACUACGACGAUCAGACCAUCAACUGCUUCCAGGACUGGACCGUGGAGAAGCUGAAAGCUCACCUGUCAGAUGUGUACCCCAGUAAACCAAGCUCCAAAGACCAGAGGCUGGUGUAUUCUGGGAAGCUGCUUUUGGAUCACUUCACCUUGAAAGAUGUGCUCAGAAAGCAGGACGAGUACCAUAUGCUCCAUCUGGUGUGCGCCUCCCGGACCCCUCCCAGCUCCCCCAAGCCCCCCCGUAGCACUGUUAACAAGCCUCAGGAGAACCCGGCCAGUCCCACGCCCUUUACGAACUCAAACAGCCCCCCCACUGGUCCACAAGCCCAGCUGUCCACAGGGCAGAGCAGCGAGGGAGCCGGACCCUUCCCUUACCACCAGAUGUAUUCACAGUUUAUUCACAGCUGGAAUCAACCCCCUCCACAGUCCUAUUACAGCCCCAUGACACUGAUGUGGUGGCAGCAGCUCUACGCCACACAGUACUACAUGCAUUAUCAGUUACUAGCCGCUGCUGCCGCCUCCUCCCAGCACCUGAGGCCGGACCAGCCCCCGGCCCAGUCCCACCAGCCCGACCCCCUGAGCCAGCGGCCGCCAGCCAACCGCCGUGGCAACCCGGAGAUCCAGAUGAACGCCCAGGGGGGGGAGAUCCUGAACGAGGAGGAUCUGAACUGGGACUGGCUGGACUGGGUGUACACGUUCUUACGCGCCGCCAUCCUACUCAGCAUAGUCUACUUCUACUCGUCCUUCAGCCGCUUCGUCAUGGUGAUGAUGGCCAUGCUGGUGCUCUACCUGCAUCAGGCCGGCUGGUUCCCUUUCAACCUGGAGAACGAACUGCUGCUCCCUGGAGAACGAGCCAAUCAGGAUGACAUGGAGGCGGAGCUACAAGAAAUGGAAGGACUGAUGGACGACAGCUCGGACGACGAGGGGGACAGCGGAGAGGAAGGAGCCGAGGAUCCGAACAGCGGCCCCCACACGGGCUUCCUGGCCUCCACCUGGUCGUUCGUCGUCACCUUCUUCAUGUCACUCAUCCCCGAGGGGCCGCCGAACGCUGCGGACUGAAAACACGGCCGCCGAGAGCCACUGGAGCGGACUGAUACCCCGAGGAGGGAAGCUGCUGCGAUGAGGUGUUCAAUUGUCUCACAGUUUCCCAGUGAGACAGUUUGCGACUCUGGAGCUUAAGACUUUGAGCCGGAACACAAAUGACUGAUUGAGCCUGAAAAGGAGAAAACCAGUCACUUUCUAAUGACUUUGUAUUGACCAACAUGUGAAACUGUCAAGUGACGAGAACAUUAGUUCAACUUCUACAAAGGUUUGAUAGUGAGGCCUUGUAAACGUAGAGAAAUAUAAUAAGUGUCUGCCAAUGCAAUGUGUCUGUGAUUCAUAAACUAGGGACAGCAGGCACGUCUAUAGAGAAAACUAAUCACAACACUACUUGUGUUUAACAACUUCGAGCUACAAUAUUUGUUGAAAUAGUUUUGUCUGAAUUGCAUUGGUUCUUUUUACGUGAUGGUUGUUUUCUCUGGGCCACGUUAGUGUGAAGCUGAACCGCAGCAGGAAACCUGAUUCAUGUAGCACUUUGUGAUGGAGAGUGACUUUGACCUGAGAGUUCCUAAAUGUGUCUGAACACAUUGUGCAGUGUGUGAAGUGUAACAGAGUGAUGUGAAUCAAUGCACCGCUCGUCCUCUCAAACAGCCUGAGAGAGCUGAGGGAGACGGAGGAAUCGACCCGCCGACGCUGACAGAACGUCAGACAGGAAGGUCGGUCGGGGUGUGAGCGGCGUCCAGUUUUCCAUCGGCUGCUGAGUCCACGUAGGACAAAGCCUCAAACCCGUCUGGUUUGUGAAAUGGCUGCUGCUGUUACUUAUGUUCUGUAAAAUAAUAAUAAUCGUGUUUAUUAAA